CGGGCCGCCCAUUGGCUGGACGGUGCGCGAGCGGCGGAGAAAGGCGGGAGGGCCGCGGGCGGGGGUGGGAGGGGGGAGAGAGGCGGGGCCGGGGGGCGGGGCCGUCCCUCGCCUCCCGCCCGCGGAUUGGCGGGCGCGGGGUGGAGGUGGGUCGCCUCGCGGCCCCUCGUGAAGGUGGGCGGCGGGUGCUGAUUGGGCGCGGCUGAGGCGCGCGGGGGGGUUUGGCGCGGGGGGGGGGAGCGCGCAGCAGCCGCCGCGGCCCCGCCGGUCACCGCCCCGAUGCCGGCGGGCGCCGAGCAGCCGCGGGGCGCCGAGCAGCGCCCGCCCGCGCAGGGCCCGCCGCCCGCCUCCGAGAAGCUGCCGUUCUCGGGCCGCCGCCGCCCGCCGCCGCCCGCCGCCGAGCAGGGGGAGGAGUCCGGCGGCAGCCGGGUGCUGAGGGGCGGCCGGGAGCGGGGCCGGGCCGCCGCCGCCGCCGCUUCGGCCGCGGGGGCGGCCGCCGCCGCCGCUUCCCGCCGCCGUAAGGCCGAGUAUCCCCGGCGCCGGCGGAGCAGCCCCGGGGCCCGAUCCGCCGCCGAGCAGCCCGCCGCUGAGACGCCGCCCGCGGCCAAGAAGCCCCCCCGGGCCGGGUGCACGGAUAAAGCAGCUGGUAAAGAUCCCAAAGAAGAGAAGGAAGAGGAGGAGGUUUCCAGUGUCCUCAGCCAUGGCUCCCCCGUCAGCACAGCCAGGCCCAGCAGGAGCUGGCGCAGCAGCAGGGCAGCCGCCGCGGCCCGCCAGCGGGACACCGAGAACUCACGGGCCUCCAGAUCCAAGACGGGCUCCCUGCAGCUCGUCUGCAAGUCAGAGCCAAACACAGACCAGCUCGAGUAUGAGGUCACAGAAGAACAUCAGUCUCCAGCUGGAAUCAGCAGCGAUGAUGAGGAGGAGAUGCUCAUCAGUGAGGAAGAAGUUCCCUUCAAAGAUGAUCCAAGAGAUGAAACCUACAAGCCCCAUCUAGAGAAGGAAACACCAAAGCAAAGGAGAAAAGCUAGCAAAGGGAAGGAGGAAAAAGAGAAACAGAAAGAGAUUAAAGUAGAAGUGAAAGAAGAAAGUGAGUUUCGGGAAGAUGAAGAACCACCAAGGAAGAGAGGAAGGAGGAGAAAGGAUGACAAGAGCCCAAGGCUUCCCAAGAGAAGGAAGAAGCCCCCGAUACAGUACGUGCGCUGCGAGAUGGAAGGCUGCGGCACCGUCCUGGCUCACCCGCGGUACCUGCAGCAUCACAUAAAGUACCAGCACUUGCUGAAGAAAAAAUAUGUGUGUCCUCACCCCUCCUGUGGUCGGCUCUUUCGACUCCAGAAGCAGCUCUUGCGGCAUGCCAAACACCACACAGAUCAAAGGGAUUACAUCUGUGAGUACUGUGCCCGGGCGUUUAAGAGUUCUCAUAACUUGGCGGUGCACCGAAUGAUCCACACGGGAGAGAAGCCUUUGCAGUGUGAGAUCUGUGGAUUCACGUGCCGGCAGAAGGCUUCCCUCAACUGGCACAUGAAGAAGCACGAUGCGGACUCCUUCUACCAGUUCUCCUGCAACAUUUGCGGCAAGAAAUUUGAGAAGAAGGACAGCGUCGUGGCUCACAAAGCCAAGAGCCACCCCGAAGUGCUUAUUGCUGAAGCACUGGCCGCCAACGCAGGCGCCCUCAUCACCAGCACUGACAUCCUGGGCACUAAUCCUGAGGCCAUUGCGCCGCCCACCGAUGGCCAGGGCCUGCCCCUCCUUCCCGACCCCCUGGGAAGUGCUGCCCCUGCGGAUUGCCUGCUGCUCAAUCCUGACGGGAUGCCCAAGACGUUCUGCGGCGCGGCCGAGCACGUGAGCCUGGUGGCUGAUGGGAAGCUCUUCGUGGGCAGCGGCAGCAGCGCAAACCCCGAGGGGCUGGUCAUGAACACCGAGAUCCUGGGAGCCACCGCCGAGGUGCUCAUCGAAGAUUCAGACUCCACUGGACCCUAGCGGGCGGGAGCACGCGGGUGCUGGGACAGUUUGGACUCUGUAUUUAAAAGGAGGAGAAAAGAGAAAGAAGAAAAGAAAGAAAACACAGAAAGAGAGGAAGGUUAAACAAAACUCACAAUUGUAGUAAAGAACUGAAGGGUCUGCUCCCCUCCAGCGUGGAUCACAGCACAUCCUCUUUCUCCCAACCACUUCUCUCUCUCCCACUGCUCCUUUGCAGAAAGGGGCACACGCUGCCAUUACCAGAGCAGGUUGGAUUGAGCGACAUACUUCUCCAAGGGGGGGUGGGGGGGUGGGCACUGCUGAAGCCCUGCCUCUAGCCCAAAGUAGAUGCCUUCCUGGCUCCUUGAUGUGGCCCCACUUGCAAAUUAGAAAGCAUUUGAUGUGCUCUGGACAGGUUUCUUAGGACUCCCUCUUGCCCCUGGUCCCAACUUCUAUGCAUUGCUGCACUCUGGUCCUUGCAGUCUCUUUCUUCCUCCUGGGGCUGGGAGUUUGGCUUGGCACUUUAGGCCCCUCGCGCAGCAGGGUGAGCUGUGGAACAGGCACAUCUCUCUCCCCACCGCGCUCCUCUGCUGCAGCUCUGGCAGGAAAUGGAGGGAACGCCCUGGCUCAUAGAUCAUGUUUGCUUGGAGAGGCCCGGGGGCUACAGGAACCCUGCGUGGGAGAGGCGAGGAGGAGCAUCCCAGUUUGACGACAGUAAUUUGCACUUUGAACAUGCUUCGGUUUUGUGUUGUGGUAACAAGAUUCCUUAUUUAUUGAUUAAAAAAGGCUCGGUAUUCUUUAGUUAUGUUCGUAGGGGGUGGGGGUGGAAGGGGUUCAGGCUGUUUCCCAGGCUCUUUCGCACUAGCGAGCUGCGGGGAGCACGUCGUGCCAUCGGAACAGCAGCUGGGAGAGCCGAGGUGAAGGCAGCCUCUGGAGUCAGAUGUGUCGCGCAGCUUUUCCAGAGUAGAGGGAGAGCCCCUGGAGAAGAGCCUGUUUGAAGUGGGAGCCUCUGCAGCAGCGUUUUAGCGGGAGGAUGAGGUGAGUGAUGGAACAGCUGGCUCUUGCCUCCCUCCCUCCCAGGUCGGGGUGAGCUCCUUGCAUUAAAUGCUCUCUUUGCCCCCCCCCCCCUUGCUCCCCAACUUUUCAGGGAAGAAUGUCAUUAGCCAGGAACUUGUUCUUGAGACUUAGGACGGUUGUGAGCUGCUUGCUGCUGAGGGAUGUUGCUUCUCGUCCAACUCUGCCUGUCCUUUCCAGGUCUAGGCAAAGAUACAGAAGCAGGGACUGGAGAGGGUUGUUUAUCAACGGCAAGACUGACGCGGGGCUCGGGGGCUGUCAGCUUCUCUCCCUGCCCCUGUUUUGGAGGGAGGGUGUUGUGCAGCUGUGUUCCCAGAGCUGCUCUCUCCCGCACAAACAGUCCUGCUUUCCAUGAAACGUGGCGCUUUGUGUGUUGCUGUGCAGUUAGGACAGCACUGAGCCCUUGGAAAAGUUUACAUAGGAUAUGACGUGUCUGCUAUGGAGACUUGGAUCUUUUUGCCCUUAUCUGAAACUUUGUGUGGCGAUUCAGUGGCCUUGAAUUUGUAGCGCUUUUGGAAGAGGUGAAGGAAAACCUGCGCUCUUUGUUUGUUUGCUUGUUUUUUUGGUUGGAUUUAUGCAGUUGGGAGCAGAGCUGAAGUAUCUUGUUCUGAGCACAUAAUCAGCUGUAUUGGCCUGUAGCACACAGCUAGGCAAAAGUGGGUGCCUGGGGUCUGGAGAACAGCAGGAAAAACAUGUAAUUUAAUUGGGAACUACUUACAGGAAACUGACUCUGAACACCCACGCUGUCCCCUGCGCUGCCUCGAAAUCCAGCCGUGGCCCAAGCCUGACCGCUUCUAUUGGGCCGUUUGUCCUGAUUUGCCCCCUCCCUUUCCCCCUUACACUAAUAUCUUUGACAGAGCAAGUUCAAGCACUUCUGGUGUUGGGGCAGUUCGUGGCUGAGUAGUUUGCACAGUGUCUGUGCCCUGGGUGUGGGCAUCCUCUGUUCUUGCGCUGUGGCAGAGAUUCAGCUGACCACAAGCCUCUGUUGGAGAUGAGGGCCCAUUGUACUGAACACCCAUCUCCUGUGACAGUGCACAUCAGGUCCACGGCCAUGUGCUGUUAAACUAAACCAGUUUCUUCAGUGGGGAUUGCUUGGAUCCAGUUUCUUGCUUGGAUCACGUUACUGUGAUUUCCAGCAGGAAGCCAGUGCCCUCCCCUUUGCAGACUACAGAGAAGCAGCAACAUGAGACGUGUUCAAACCUAAACCAGCAGCGUGGGUCUCGUGUGGGGUUAGUGUGGGGCUGGCCAAGCCGUGCUGUGCGGGGGCACGUCCGCUGGCUCCCUGCCGCAGUGCCCGGUCCUGUGCCCUGCCCCGUGCCUGCGGCACAGCCUUGCACAGAACACUGCACUGAGCGCUCAGGGGUUGCUCUCCGAGGGGUGGCACUAAAAUGCUGUCGGGUCAAGGGCUUGCUACCCUCUGGUGACCGACAUGUGGCACCAGGCUGGGAGGCAACAGGGGCUGCCUAGUUCUGUAACUGCCCUGAGCGGAGCCAGGAGUUUGCCAUAGGCUGCGGAAUGGAGCAGCCCAUUUGCUUCCCAGCCCGGACACCUCUGAUCCCUGCCACUCCCUGCCCUGUCCUUCGUGCACACCUCUUGUAGCAGUCCUUUUUUCUUUUCCUGGUCUCAGCCUGUCUGUCCUCUAACCAGAGUCUGCUACCCCUGGCGCAGGAGAGAUGGUGUAGCUCCUCUCUCACUCCCUUUUGAAACCCUAAAACUGACAGAGCCCCCCUGCAGCACUUCGUCCCCUCGGUGUCUCUGUCACUCGCAUGCAGUUUGCUUCAAUAAAUUAUUGUAGUAGUUUGCAAUAAACUUUUUUGUAUUUUUCCCC